AUGGUGCCCUCUGGAAGAAAAUAUUCCGGGAAGUCUGCGAAACCAUCUGUGGGGGAUCAGGCUAUAAGAACCUAUGAAUUUGAGCAAGAAGACAAAAAAGAUCUGAGUGGUUCAGAGGAGGAUGCUGUUGAAGAGAAGACCCCAAUACUUGAGAAACAUGGGAGGAAAAGGACUUCUGCAGUAGUUGAAGAUAUGGGGGGUGAAGUACAGAAUAUGCUGGAAAGAUUUGGAGCUGAUAUUAACAAGUCUCUUCUUGCUAAGAGAAAGAGACUAGAAAUGUAUACCAAGGCUUCUCUCAAAACCAGUAACCAGAAACUUGAAAAUGUUUGGAAAACCCAACAAGAGCAAAGGCAGAAGCUUAACCAAGAAUAUUCUCAGCAGUUUCUGACUUUGUUCCAGCAGUGGGAUAUGGAUAUGCAGAAAGCUGAGGAACAAGAAGAAAAACUUGCUAAUCUGUUUCGACAGCAACAAAAGGUUUUCCAACAGUCUAGAAUUGUUCAGAGCCAGAGACUGAAAACAAUUAGACAAUUAUGUGAGCAGUUCAUAAAGAGUAUGGAGGACUUGGAGAAGAAUCAUGAAAAUCUACUUACUGGUGCACAAAAUGAACUUAAAAAAGAAAUGGCUUUGUUGCAAAAAAAAAUUAUGAUGGAAACUCAGCAGCAAGAGAUGGCAAGUGUCCGAAAGUCUCUUCAAUCCAUGUUAUUCUGA